GGCGACUCGUGCAUUUUUCGUGUUAAAAAACCUAAAACCUGUGGCAGUAUUUGUGGUUGUUCGGUGUCAUGUGAUACGACAAUAUGCCUUGCAAUGGACCAGGAGUUGGGUGUGUCAUCCUGAAGUCUGCUCAUGCAGCAUGCGGGGAAUGUCCAGAACAGGCUCAUGGCUAUUGUCAAAGUGAUGCUGUGAAAGUGCAGCACGCUUACCCAUUGAAAAUUAUUAUUCCCCAGUAUGCCAAUCAAAGUAACUGUAAGUGGAUUUAUCCAGUCACAUUUGGAGGUGGAUUGGUGGGUGGUGACCACAUCAAUCUGGAUAUUAUGAUUGGCUGUCACUGUUGUGGACUGGUCACAAGUACAGAAUCACUCAAGAUAUACAAGUGUGAUGACAACACCGUGACGCGACAAACCGCGCGGUACACUGUGGAAGACCACAGCCUGCUCUGUGUGAUUGCUGACCCUGUCGUCUGCUUUAGGGAGUCCAAUUUUAUACAGGACCAGGUGAUACGUAUGACAUCUCAGAGUAACGUGGUGUUCUUGGAUUGGACUCUUGGCGGUCGGGUCUCUCUCGAUGAACUCUGGACAUUCCAAAGCUAUACAACGAAGCUAUCCAUCUAUGUUGAUGGCAGGCUUGUUCUGAAGGAGUCGAGUCAGCUUAAAGACACACCUUUCCAGAGUGUCGUUCAGUCGAUGGGCGUGUAUCAGGUGACCGGUUUCUGUGUGGUGCUAGGUACACAAGUAAAACACGUGACUCAACACCUUCACGAGCUCUAUGGAAAACCAUACAACAUUGGUGAUAAGAUGCACACGGACGUGAUCUGUACGAUUAGUCCCCUGUCUUACACUGUAAACAACACACAGAUAGCAGGCUGUUAUGUACGCUUUCUGGCAGCCUCAACCAACAAGGCUUAUAGCCUUGUGAGGCAGAUGAUUGAGCCUCUCACUGAAGUAUUGGGUGGCGAACCACUGAAUAGAACCGGCUAGCACAUUAACUGAAAAACAACUACUGCAUUCCAAACUAGACAGAACCGGCUAGCACAUUAACUGAGAAACAACUACUGCAUUCCAAACUAGACAGAACCGGCUAGCACAUUAACUGAGAAACAACUACUGCGUUCCAAACUAGACAGAACCGGCUAGCACAUGAACUGAGAAACAACUACUGCAUUCCAAACUAGACAGAACCGGCUAGCACAUUAACUGAGAAACAACUACUGCAUUCCAAACUAGACAGAACCGGCUAGCACAUUUACUGAGAAACAACUACUGCAUUCCAAACUAGACAGAACCGGCUAGCACAUUAACUGAGAAACAACUACUGCAUUCCAAACUAGACAGAACCGGCUAGCA